AUGCCUCGCCGCGCCCAGCCGAAAUGCCCUGCUGGCCAGCGCCAAGAUUUGGUCCGCGGCGGGUUCCAGCCGCGCCUUCCGACUUCGCUGCCGCCCCCAGGGCAGCAGCAGCAGCCGUCGCCGCUACCACGCCGACAGCCCGUCCCGUUGAUGCCUCCCGCGCAGCUUCCUCCGGGAGCGCCCCAGGUGGUCGCUCCGGCGCCUGCGGUCCCUCUUCAGUCGCCACCGCCUUCGGAGCUGAUGGACGUCGACCCCUCAGCCGGGCCGCCUUCCCAAGCGGUGGCUGUGCAGCCUGUCCUGCAGCCGCUUUCCUUGGGCACCCCCAAGGAGUCUGACACCGCAGCGCCUUGUCCGGCGCCCACUCAGCAGCCGUCGACGCAGCGUCAGGAGACGCUGCCUCUCUUCGUGGGUCCCGACGCCCCGUCGCGUCCAGUACCAGAAGCUGCGCCCGUGGUCACAGUUUAUAACGUUUUGCGCUUGGCUUCCCCAUUUCAACCGCACGAGUGGCGCACGGAGCCCCACGCGCCUUUGGCGGGGCCGCUGCGGUCGCAGCCCUGCACGGUCGGCCGCACGCUGCUGGCUGUGGAGUCGGCGACGAGCAGGGAGUUGUGCAGUGGUGCGUCGGCAGACAUCGCCUGCGGUCGCGCAGCUGGUGGCGACACGCGGACUCCAGCUGACGCCGCGGCAGCACGUGUUCACUGA